CUCGUCUCAUUUGCUACACGAGUCUCCGGCCCGUGCACAUGGCACAUGAAGUCGUUCGUCAGCAAAACAGUGCAAAUGCAAUAUACCGUUGUACCUGCCAGCGAAAAGGACAUCCGUUGCGUAGGAAGUUUGAGAGUUUGUUGAUGGUUACCGUACUUUGGACAUUUCAUCAUGGCUGACGAAGAGCACGAAAAGGCCUACACCUGGGAAGGUGAUUAUGAAAAAACUUGGGAAGCUCUUCGAGAGGAUGAGCAUGGCUCCUUGCAGACGACGAUUGAUGACAUCCUCCAUCGAGCCAAGCGGAGACGGUUGCUGGAGCGACCUCCCAACAUCCGGCUGGGCAUGAUGAGGCAUCUGUACGUGGUGCUGGACAUGUCACGUUCCAUGGAAGAUCCCGACUUCAGACCAAGCCGGCUUCACUGCACUAUCAAGCUGUUGGAGACAUUCAUUGAAGCAUAUUUUGACCAGAAUCCAAUAAGCCAGAUUGGUUUUAUAACCACGAGCAACAUGAGGGCUGAGAAACUCACAGAACUCGGAGGAAAUCCCAAGCGACACGUCGCCGCCUUACACAAAUGCAAAGACAAGCCGUGUUCCAAGGAACCGUCGCUACAGAACGCGCUGGACAUGGCUGCGUCAUCGCUCAGACACAUGCCGGGCCAUGCCAGCCGGGAAAUCCUCAUCAUUAUGGGAAGCUUGGUCUCCUGUGAUCCCGGAAACAUCCAUUUAACUAUCAAGGCAAUGAAGGAACUCAACAUUCGCUGCUCUGUGAUUGGUCUAGCUGCAGAGGUCAGGAUAUGUCGCAAGCUGUGCACAGUCACACAAGGAACUUAUGGAGCCCUUGAUGAGAGCCACUUUCGAGAAUUACUGAAAGAACACACUAAUCCACCACCAGCUACAGUCAAUACAGAACCGGCUCCGAUCCGAAUGGGUUUUCCUCAGCAUGUGUUGCACACAGAGAAGGACAAAGCAGAGAAGCCCUCAAUGUGCAUGUGUCAUCUAGAUUCCAAGGAUCACACAGGGUUUGGUUCCAGUGGUUAUUUCUGUCCCCAGUGCCGGAGCAAAUACUGCGAGUUGCCCGUCGAAUGCAAAGUUUGUGCUCUGACGUUAGUCUCCGCCCCCCACCUCGCCCGCUCCUUCCAUCACCUUUUUCCGCUCGCAGACUUUGUGGAGGUUCAACGGGAAAUGAUCGAUGCCGGAGAUCAGCUCUCCUGUUUUGCAUGCCAAGUUGAACUCAAAGACGACACAGUUUUCCAGUGUUCUACGUGUGAACGCCCCUUUUGUUUAGACUGUGAUCUGUUUAUACACGAGUCCCUCCACUCAUGCCCUGGCUGUGCGAGCACGAGGUCCGAGCUGUCCAGGGGAGGCUCGCAGGCUCAUCACCUCAAGAGGUGAGGGAGAAAACCUCAAGGAAACCUCACUGACCACCACUGGAAACCUCACUGGGAACCUCAACGGAAACCUCACUUGAAACCAUUCAGAACCUCAAUGGAAAGUGCUGGAAACCUCACUGGAAACCAUUGGGAACCUCAAGGAAACCUCGCUGGACACCUCCCUGGGGAACGAAAAUCCUCAACGGUUACCAAUUUUUAAAAUUAGUCUGGGGUGCAUAUGUUUCUACAUUUUCCAGUAAUACUUGGAAUGAGCACGUGCAUUGAAUGGGCUCUUUAAGGGGAGGUUCAGAGGUGCAUCACCUCAACAGGUGAAAACAAAACCUUGAGGAAAUCUCGCAGGAA